AUGAGCAAAAUCAGUAAUGGAUUUCGGUUCAGGCCAACAGACGACGAAUGCAUAGCGUAUCUCCUGGGUUUCGUCACUGGGAAUUCCCCUCCCUCCCACGGCUUCAUCUCCAUAGCCGACCUCUACGGCCAAACGGAGCCUUGGGACUUGUUCGAAAAUUCCGAGGUUAAAAGCGGCGGCUGCCGUUACUUCUUCACCAAACUCAAGAAAGUCGGCGCCAAGAAGGGAAGAAGCUACCAGCGCUACUCGAGAAACGUCGGGGCCGGCGGGAAUUGGUCCAACAAAGGCCAGAAAUCCGACAUCAUCGGCCCCAAAGGCAACAUCAUCGGACACUCCAGAACCUUCCGCUACCAGCCGAGAAACUCUGACCACGUGGGCCCCACGCGCGGCGAGUGGGCCCUCAAGGAGUACUCUCUUCCCGAAGGCACAGUACUGGGACUUGACGAGGAUCUGCGGGACUACGUUCUCUGCCUACUCAAGAAGAAAAAGGAGAAGAAAAUAACAAGUACUGGCGUAGUCCAAGCCGUCGAAGCAGAUUUUGACUAUCUGGUUGCCACGCUGGCAGCCACGUCUUCAGAUGACGUGGCGCCCGUCGAAACUAACGAGGUCAUGUGGCCGACUUUGCACGCGUGGACUGGGGUUAAUGAUGUUGUGCCGAGUUUGACUUUGCCGGUGACAGGUGGCGAGGUCGUGUGGCCGUCGGUUAUGGAGAGUUUGCCGACGACUCAUCAGAACAUGUGGACUGGGGUUAAUGAUGUCUUGCCACCUGAGAGCUGUUGGUCAAAAGAUUUAAGGUUGCUGGCGGAAUGUGUUGGUUUGGGAGAAGUUAAUAUUAAUGAAGAUUGUUCUCAGAACGAGCUGGCGACAUGCGGUGAGGCUAUGUGGCGGUCGAUUAACGAGAGGUCGCCUCUGCACAUGUGGAGCGGGGUUGGUGAUGAUGAUCCGGUUUUGGAAGACGAUUCUUUCGACUUGGAUGACGUGGAUAAUUGGUUGCGGGAGAAUGGGGUUCCACAGCCAGCCGCCAUCGUACUCCAAUUUCACAUUCAGACUGGCGCAGAUAGCCCUAAAUUUGAGCCUCAGGGAGUCCAUCAUAUCCGAGACUGUCUCAUUUUCCGGCUCCAAAAUGGGGUACUUCUCGAGCAGCUCAUCCAUCUGCUUGAUCAUCCGCUGGAUUCGGGCCGAGACGAAUUCUGGGUCGAACCGAACCGCAGAGCUCCAGAUAACCACGCAGCCUCUGUAGAAGCCCAAUUCUUCGCGGACCUCGAACCCGGUCUUGAGGCCCACUUGCUGGCCCUCUUCCUUGCCGGCGAUUAG